AUGCCUCCUAAGCAACCUCACGAUUUUGAUGAUUUAAUGCUUUUAGAAGCAACACCCGAACAAGCUAUCAUGACCAACCAAAAUUCUUACGCGACAUGGGGUUACCCUCAACUAACUUUGGAACAAUAUCUUGAACGUGAGAAACUUUUGGCAAAUCAGGAAUUCACGGGAGAAAAUUUUAAGGUCUGGGUUCUCAUGUCAAGAAAGGAACAGCAGGAACAUCAAGGAAAAAAUGAUGCUUCUGCCAACAAUAACCCGACCAUUCUUUCGGCAUGUGAAACAUUUAAGAGAAAAGCCUUGAUAGUGGAUAGAUCGGGAGAAGUUAUAGAAACAAUAUGCUACGGCAUCGCAUCCGUAUUCACACCACCGCACUUGAGAAAUAAGGGAUAUGCCUCGACAAUGAUGAAGUUAUUAACCGGCAUUUUGGAAAAACAGUUUAAAGCGGAUUUUUCAUUUCUCUUUAGUGAUAUUGGUCCGAAUUUUUAUCAAAGAUUCGGUUGGAACGUUUUCAACAAUAAAGAAAUCAGAUUUAGUAUAGAUGGUGGUGAUGCUUCUGGAGAAGGGCCGGGGAAUAUGGAGUUGGGCGAGAAUGUGUCUGUCAGUCCGAUCCGAGAAAGUGAUUUAGAACGAAUAACUCAACUUGAUUGUCAACUUGUUCGCCAGGAACUUUUAAAAGUGGAUCACCGAGCCUUGGUGGUACUUCCAAAUAAACCUUCUUACGUUUGGAUGUUUGAAAGAAGUAAAUUUUACGCAAGGGUUACUGCAAAUACCGAAAUCACAAUCUUUGGCGUCGAAUUGGUUCGAGCGUUCGACGAAAAGGAAAAGCAAUUGGUCGGAUUUAUUAUUUGGUUUCACGAUUUUAAUGAACAAAAAUUGGUUGCUCUCAGGUUUCGGAGUUACAGCAAGCAAGCCGCCAAGAUUUUGGUCGCGCAAGCAAAACAGGAAGCUCGCAAGUAUAAUCUAAAACAAGUAGUUUCGUGGAAUCCUGAUAUGACAUUAUUCUCUGGAGAGGAUGGGGAAUUGGUAGAGCGAGAGGAUUCCUUGCCUAGUUUGGCAUGGUACAAAGAUUGGGAUUCUAAAGUGGAGUGGUUAUUGUUGGAGAAAGCUUUCAAAGGUUUACGUCCCCAUCAUCAGUUUUGGGGUCGUCGAUAUUCUACAGCCGCCACUCGGGUUGCUUGUGAGCCAAAUGAACCUUCGUUUUUGGAUUCAGUUCAAAUAUAUUUUGAAAAGGCUGCAGGACUCAGUAAUGCGUCACCAAAGACUUUGGAUCAUCUCAAGGCUUCCGAUUGCACACUCAAAGUCACAUUUCCAAUUGAGGCAAGAGGAGAAGGAUUGUUUAUUGUUGAUAACGGUAAAGUUGAGGUUCUGACCGGUUACAGAGUUCACCAUUCUCGUCAUUUAUUACCGGUCAAAGGUGGAAUUCGGUUUUCACCUGAAGUUGAUGAACAAGAAGUGGCGGCAUUGGCCGCUCUCAUGACUUAUAAGUGCGCCGUUGUGGACGUUCCGUUUGGUGGAGCAAAGGGUGGUAUUACUUUGGAUCCUAGUAAAUUCACCGAAAAUCAACUAGAGAGAGUCACGCGCCGUUACACCAUGGAGUUGUGUCAGAGGGCGUUCAUUGGUCCCGGAGUUGAUGUACCCGCGCCUGAUGUGGGGACAAGUGCUCGUGAGAUGUCAUGGAUCAUGGAUACCUAUAGGCAAUUUCAUUCUAACGAAGUGGAUUCGAUUGGAUGUGUUACCGGAAAACCGAUAUAUUUGGGUGGUGUCAGGGGUAGAAAUGAGGCCACCGGGUUGGGUGUUUAUUAUGGCAUCAGGGAGUUCCUCUCAUAUCCGGAAAUUCAAAAAUCUACUGGGCUAAGUGGCAAUAUCAAAGAUACAAGCUUUGUCAUACAAGGGUUUGGUAAGGUGGGCUACUGGGCCGCAAAAUUUCUCGAGAUCAAUGGAGGAAGAGUGGUUGGUGUUGGUGAGAGAGAUUGCGGCGUAUAUAAUGCCGAUGGAAUAAAAGUAGAUGAAUUGUUUGAGUAUCAUAAAGCCAAUCGUUCGUUCCGAGGUUUUCCAAACGUUGAUAUUUUAGAGGAUCCUUUAAAGAUUCUCGAAGUGGAGUGCGAUGUUCUAAUUCCGGCCGCACUUGAACGUCAGAUCGGACUUAAAAAUGCCGAUUACAUCAAGGCUAAAAUUAUCGGUGAAGCAGCCAAUGGUCCCAUAACUCCAGGGGCCAAUGACAUUAUGUUGAAUAAAGGAAUUCGUAUUAUACCAGACUUGCUAUUAAAUGCCGGGGGUGUGACGGUUUCAUACUUUGAAUGGUUAAAAAAUUUGUCACACAUGAGAUUCGGAAGGAUGACCAGAAAAUGGGAUGAGCUGGGUAAAACGAAAUUGGUGGAAUUAAUAGAGACCAUAAUUGAACAAAAGGUUUCGGACCUGGAAAAAAUGCAUAUCAUACAUGGGGCGGAAGAAGUUGACCUAGUCUAUUCGGGAUUGGAGGAUACUAUGAUGGGUGCAUGCAAGGAAACCAGGAUUACCGCUCUAAAAAGGAAAACGGAUUAUCGAACUGCUGCAUUUAUAAACGCCAUAGAAAAAAUUGCCACGGCCUAUGAAGGAUCAGGAAUGAUGCUGAUGAAUUAA